AUGGGAAACAUAACCAGAAGGGGCACCAGAGGCCUAGGUGUUGACAGCACCUCUGCGUCUGUGGAAGAAGCCCCACCAGAAGAAGCACUUCACAAGAAACUUUACGACGCCAUCUUGAGGGAAGACUGCGCUGCAAUCCAGGUGCUCCUCAAAAGUCACCCCGUCAACCAGCCCAUAACCAUUUUGGCCAACUCCUUGAGCUACAGAUUACUGCUCAACCAGCAGACACAGUCUAUCGUCCCCAUUCACCUGGCAGCCGAGUACUGCAAAGCCCAAAGUCUGCUCUGUUUGUUGGAGCACGGUGCUGACCCUGAAGUAAGGGACACCCGGGGCCUCACCACCCUUCACCUGAUGUUGCUGCACUGGCCAAUCACGUCACCCACAGAGAUAAAGCCAGGGGACCGGGUCCAGAGAAUCCUGACUGACAUUCAAAAGAACGCGGUCAUGUGUCUCCGCAUCUUGUGCGAACAUGGAGCUCAAGUGAACGCCCGAGUGGACAACAGCAACAGGCCCUCAGCCCUGCACCUGGCCACCACGUACGGGACCCACCUAGUUCUCUCCAUUUUGGUCCAAAACGGUGCCCUGGUCAAUGCUACCAAUGAGUCCAGCAUGACCCCCCUUCACAUGGCCGCAGACGUCCUGAACAAGGAGAUGGUGGAGGCGCUUGUGGCCUGUGGCGCAAACGUGAACCGAGCAGUCUCAUCCACCGGGAGCACGGCCCUCAAACUGGCGGUGUGCACCGCAUCCAGCAAGGCCGGUCGGCUGCUGGCAGCAGGAGUCAGCUGCAUCCGUCUGCUACUCCUUCAUGGAGCCCAAGUCAAUGCCCAGGACCACGAAGGCCAGACAGCUAUGCAUGAGGCGUGUUUUGGAGGCAGAGAGGUAAUAAUCAAUCUCUUGCUUGAAUUUGAAGCAAAUGUUAACAUUUUAACGAGAAAUGGGGAAUCUCCGAUUUACAUGUACCUUCAGCGCAGUGCCAACCUCCGAGACGUGGCCCUUCUGGCCAGGUUACUUUACUGCUCCUAUCCUCUGAGGCUGACCAACAACCAAGGAAUUCUCCCUGCAGGUAUCAUGCUCCAAGAGUUCCACCUCUUAAGGGAAACCCUCGUAAAGCUGUCGCAAAAGCCCUUAUCCCUGGAGGAUAUCUGUAAAAGGCACAUCCGUAAUAUCUACGGUGAGAAACACAAGCACCACUUGAGAGGACUUCUCCCCGUGAAGAUCUGGAGCUCUGUGUACAAUUACUAUGACUUAGUUUGCCUCUUGCAGUGA